AGAUGUUCCAGAAAAGAGUGGGAGCACAGGUGCCCCCGGCAGCUCCUCUUCUCUAUUCACUGUGAUAUAGGCGACACUCAUAAUUCUCUCCCAAUUAUUUUAUUAAACAAAAAUAAUCCCUCUGGCAGCCCUUAAAGCCCCAUCCUCCGAGGCGGGCAGUGUAAGCACUGCGACCCCCGUGUGGGCUGCCAGCCUCAGGGAAGGCUUCCAGGGGCCAGCUUUUCCCGAGGCACAGGCACGUUUUAGAAAGCCCGGAAGCUCGACGGAGCAAGGCCCGGGGAGGGUGGUGCCGCUGACUGCCGUGGGCUUUCUGCUGCCAAACCCUUUGGCUGUCAGAGAAUGGGCUCCCUGAGAGCAAGGCAUCCUCCUGUUGGUGCCGUCUGCACCUAGGGAGCGUUCUGUGUUGCAUCCGGGGCCAUCUCCAUUCAUCUUGAUCUAUAUCUGGCCCUUGGACGCAGAGGGCUCUGGAGGGGAAACUGAGCAGGUGGCCUUGCCCAGCCCACCCUCCCUCCAAUCCAGUUCCCUCGCACGUCCGGCAUCCCCUCCUUGAGGUCUACGUCAUGGUCUUCAAGGAGGAAGCACAACAACAACAAAGGCUUCCGGUGCAUGGGGGCGCAGGCUGGGGGGGCGGGGUGACCUAAAGCGAUGGCAUCAGAGCUGGCUCAGGGCUGAGACUGAGCUAGUGACGGCCGAUGCACCAGGUCACUCCGACCCCGGGAUGACGGUCGUAUCUCGGCUGUGGGAAGAGCGCUAGGCCAGAGAAAGCAGGUUCCCAUCCCUGCUUGGCGAAACUCGGGCAAGUCCAUCCACCACUCUGGGCCUCAGUUUUCUCAUCUGUAAAAUUGGGAGAUGGGCCCAGGGGGCUUUUACAUCUAAGAUCCCAUGACCCUUUGGGUCCCAAAUUGGCAGAAGGAGUGAGAAGAUUCAGGCUGGAAACCCGAGGAAUGAAGGGCAUCUUUCCAGUACGAAGGGAAUGAGUUUUCCAGACUUUCACUUGGGGCAUCUCUUGCCUUCCAGAUCCAUGGCUGUAGAAUCCGGUGGAUUUCGCCUCUGCAACAUCUUUUUUUUUUUUUUUUUUUUUUGAUUAAAGUUGUUUGUUUUCAAACCACACGCAGGGUAAUUUUCAACAACCAGCCUCGCAAAACCUCGUGUUCCGAUUUUUCCUUCCCUGCCCCUCCCCCGCUCCCCUAGAUGGCAAGUGUGACAAUGUUACACAUGUGCAAUUCUUCUAUACGUAGUUCCACAAUUAUUACUUGCGUCCCCUUAAGCAAAUGAUGUCACCGACUUUGCGCUGAAAAGCAGAGCCGCCUUCUGAGAGUUCUUCCAAUGCUAAAGUCAGGAGCUACUCUAGGGAGGCGGAGGGCGGGACUGAGCCAGGGCGGUGGGCGGAGCCAGAAAAUGCCGGCCAAGGAGACACGAGAACGGGGCGGGACCACGAUCUGGCAGGCCCAAUCCGGGCGAGGCGGCGUGGUGCGUCUGCGCAGUAGUUGGGGCAGCCACGUGGGGUACCCAGGAACCGGAGCCGGAGGAAACCCAUGGCGUUGUACGGAGCUGCGGCCGCAGUGCUCUCGGGGCUGGAGGCCCGUCAGGGCUCCCUCAAGACCCUGGUCUACGGCAGCCGCUUCCAGAAUGUCCGGCAGCUGUACGCUCUGGUGUGCGAGACGCAGCGCUAUUCGGCCGUGCUGGACUCUGUGAUCCGCAGCGCGGGGCUCCUGCAGGCGGAGAAGAAGCUGAAGCCCAACCUGGCCAAGGUCCUGGUGUACGAGCUGCUGCUGGGCCGGGGCUUACGCGGGGGCGGCCGAUGGAAGCCGGUGUUGUCCCGGCACAAGGCGAGGCUGCAGGCGGAAUUUGCCCGGCUUAAGGUGAAGCGCUGCGUGAGCCGCAACGAGGACCUCCUGGAGUCCGCUCCCGGGGCCGUUCAGGUGGCCAGGCUCCCUCGCUUUGUGCGGGUGAACGCCCUCAAGACCAAGCUGGAUGAUGCCGUCGACUACUUGAAGCGCGAGGGCUACUCCUAUCAGGGCCGUGCUUCUGGACUGGACGAGCUUCGGGCCCUAGAGGGGAAACGUUUUUUCCUGGACUCCCUGCUCCCAGAGCUCCUUGUGUUCCCUUCGGGCACUGAUUUCCACAAGCACCCGCUCUACCAGGCUGGCCAUCUCAUCCUGCAAGACAAGGCCAGCUGCCUCCCGGCCACCUUGCUCGCCCCCCCACCCGGCUCCCACGUCAUCGACGCUUGUGCGGCCCCGGGCAAUAAGACCAGCCACCUGGCUGCGCUGCUGAAAAACCAGGGGAAAAUCUUUGCUUUUGACCUGGACGCUGGGCGGCUAGCGACCAUGGCCACGCUGCUGACCAGGGCCGGAGUCUCUUGCUGCGAGAUCGCCAACAAGGACUUUCUGUCCGUAUCUCCCUCUGACCCACGUUACCACCAGGUCCAGUACAUCCUGCUGGACCCUUCUUGCAGUGGUUCCGGCAUGGCGUCCAGGCAGCUGGAGGAGCCCGGCGCGGGCAGCUCCAGCCGGGAACGCUUGCAGGCCCUGGCCGGGUUCCAGCGCCGUGCCCUGAGCCACGCGCUCUCCUUCCCGGCCCUGCAGCGCUUGGUCUAUUCGACCUGUUCCGUGUGCCAGGAGGAGAACGAGGACGUGGUACGCGACGUCCUGCAGCAGAUCGAGGGCACCUUUAGGCUUGUCCACGUGUUACCUUCGUGGCCAGAGAGAGGCCUCAGCACCUUCCCCGGGGCCGAACGCUGUCUCCGGGCAUCCCCCGAAACCACGCUCACGGGGGGCUUCUUUGUGGCUGUACUGGAACGGGCAGGGGGGAGCUCAGGUUCAGAACCGCAGUCGCCCGCUGAAGAACCCGCACCCAACGUGGCUCCCAAGAAAAAGAAACGACGGAGAAGACCAUUAACUACGUGACCGUGCUGUGCUCCUCCUCCCCUGCCUCUCCACUGGACCUUCAAGGUUGGGAGCAACUGCCCACUCGUCUUCCGGAGCAUUCCUUUAUUCUGCCCCUACCCCCGUGGGGGAAAAAAAAGACACGAGUCCACUGGAGAUCACAGUUUUGUUUAUUUUUUAAAUCAAUGACAUUAUAAGAAGCAAGGAAAAAAAAAUUGCACAUUCACACUAAAUUCCCACCAGACUCAACAGGAACAGCAUCCCGUGGAAAGUUGUCUCCCGUUCCUGACCCCGCACAGGUCCGAGGCCGGGGGCUGCGUGGGCAGACGUGGGCAGACCUCUGGGCUGUUGCUGUAGCCGGGCUUCCUGCUCCCACCACUGCCAUGGGAAGGCUGCUUUGACCUGAUUUCAGCUUUCCCCCAAAGACCCCGCUUGCUUUUCACUCGGGGUCCUCGUGGGACUGAACAGUGGCUGGGGCACAGACUUAGUUUGGAGCCCAGGCCCUUCCCACUCCCGCCUCCCAAACUGCAACCACCAGAGCUGCUAUCACAGGGGGAAACCUUGCCCGCCACAUUCACAUACAUCACAUUAUUAGAAAAGAAUCGAGUACAUUUUACAGAACGAUUUCCUGGGUGAAGAGGGAGUCUUGAGGGAGCCCUCCCUCUUCCCCCAGAUCUAACUGCUCAGCUAAUUUCUGGACAACAGCUUCGUACUUUCUCACAGCCUCAAUGAACCAAGCUUGAAGGAAUUCAAAAGGCAAUUUAGCUUAAAUAUAAAAAUAAAUUUUAUUUUGUUAAAAAAA